UAAACAUGGCGGACGAAAUGGACACGAUUGGAUGCUGAGGAAUCUGUAAAGCGGACGACAGGAAAUGAGGCUUUUCGAUCUGUCUCGCUUGAGAAAAUUAGCAUUUCUUUUGUUCGUCAUCAUUUUGAUCACUAAAUAUGCUGCCCUACCGAUAUUUAGAGCUCUCAGGAGGUAUGUUAUGUAAUGAUUAUAACUGUUUUUGAUUUCCUAGUAACGGAAUGUUUUUCCAUUGGAUCUGUUUCUCUAAUCUUUUGAUUAGAUUUGGUAGGGUACAAACUUUUUUUUACUAGAUUUCCUUAUAUACUUCAUUUUGCACGCAGUUCUUGACUUAAAAAAAUGGUAAAACUACAGAUUGCCGUUGAAAAUAUGGCUUUGUCUUUUUUGUUGUCCAGUUUUUUUUCCCACUUCCCUUAUUUUUUUGCAAUCAUUUGGCUUAUUUUUUCGAAAUAGGGAUCGGUAAAACUUGAAGAUUCGGAUAGACUGGUUUCUUUGUCCUCCUUAUACGGGUGGUUUCUCUUACUAACAAUACUUGAUUUUAUUUUUUCUAGCAAUAAGUGCCACUCUGUCAAAAGAAUUUUGUUUUUGAAAACACACAAGACAGGAGGAAGCUCUGUAGCAAACAUCUUAUUCAGAUUUGCUAGAAGAGAGGAUUUAAGAGUGGCCUUACCAAGGAGUCAAAUUUUCUCUUUUUAUUGGCCCUGGAGUUUUCAAGUGAAUUUUGUAGACAAUUUACCAAGUGAGAAGCCAGAUAUAUUGUGUAGUCAUGCAAGGCAAGUGAAAUAAUUUUUAUCUUAUAGGGGGCCAGUUCGCAGGGUAUGAUAAGAUUAAGUAGGGGUGCUGCAACUUUGCCCAUUUCUAUUUCUCAAGUCAUAUUGCUUAGGUGUAGAAAUCUAAAAAAUUGCUUGGUGUACCCAAGAUCUUGAGGAGUUCUACCAUACUGUUUUUUGUUUUACUACUGUUUUAACCAUUUACAUCUUAACAUCAGUACGCAUAUUCUCCACACUUUUCUGUACACAUUCCUGAGGUGUUGACAGGAAGAAUGUUGAAAAAUCAAGAGGUUCUUUAGCUGGUGAUCACUUCCUUUAUUCUUGUGACCUCAAUGUUUGAUUCAGUGGUGAUAUUGUAAGGAGAAAUUAGCCGCUUGUCACUCUCAGGAAUUAAGGGUUAAUAAUCAUCCUUUUAGGUUGGGACCAUUUCUAGUUUUGAUUUACCACCCAGUUCUUACAAAUAAAAAUUACCUUUUUUCUUCUAUUUUCUUUUCAGAUAUAACCAAACCUCCAUGAGGCUAUUGAUGCCCCCUGACACAAAGUUCUUUACUAUCCUUCGACAUCCCAUUUCAAGAUUUGAAUCAGCAUUUCUUUUUGAAGAUAUCCCAGCCUUGCUUGGUUUCUCUAGCUCUUCAAAUCCUUUCUAUCAAAUUUUACACAGACUUGAUAGAUACAAGUCCAAUAUAAACACUAUGUACACCCUAAGAAAUGGCAUGAGUUUUGAUCUUGGACUUGAACCUGAGGACUUUGAAAACACUCAAGUUAUUAGAAACUUCAUCUCCUCAGUUGAGAGAGAUUUUGAUCUGGUGUUACUUCUAGAAUAUUUUGAUGAGUCUUUGGUAUUACUGAAGCACCACUUUUGUUGGAGUUUAGAGGAUGUGUUAUAUCUGAGACACAAUGCGAGGGUACGUUCCUUUAAGAAACACCACAUACCCAAGCAGUUUAGAGAUAGAUUUUUGCAAUGGAACAAAGCUGAUGUCUUUCUUUACCAACACUUUAAUAGAACAUUUUGGAAAAAAGUUGACUCUCAAGGUGAAAACUUCUGGCAUGAAGUACACCUCUUGAGAAAGAGGUCUUUGGAGAUGAAAGAAGAAUGCCUUGUCCCUGGGGAGCACAGAGAUAAAAAAUCACAAACAGUUUCAAAAUUAGUGCUAAAUCCAAACAUUGGCAAAAGAAACCAAGAGCUUUGUGAAGAUCUGAUAAAAGAUGAAGAAUCAUAUCUGAAUUUUUUCAGGGGUAAACAAUUACAGAGGUAAUGAAAAUUAUAUUUAUCUGAGAUCUAAUACUAUGAUAUAUCUGAAUUUUGUACACAUUUCAUGAGGUUGAACAUGCAUUGAUGCUAUGAAUUUAUCAAUUAAUGAGGC